AUGGUCCGCGAUAACAGGACCACUCCUAGUAAGCAGGAAGUCGGUUUCGCCGCAUGGCUCGCGAAACCAGACAUGACAGGUGGUCUGGUCAUUGCGCUCCAACAACCGGCCAAGUCCCAAGUCUUCACUGCUGACGUGGAGUGGGUUCGAGACCAAUGUGAUACCCUGGCCUACCUGGACAAGUCGCUCACCUUCCUGAAUGGCCCUGGAGGCCUAACAACAACGAGCGUGUUCGAUGCGUUCCCAUUCAUUACCAAGCAGAUCUCCUCGAACGAACUAUCCCACGAAUCGAAACAUGCAUAUAACACAUUUCUCUCCAUGGUAGAGGCAAAACGGCCCGAGGUUCUUUUCGCGUGCUGGCAAGUCCGUGAUCGGGAUGAUCUCUCCUUUUCUGGGAAAGGGGUUGGGAAGACUAGUUUUAUACAUAGCUUGAGGUGCUUAAAUGGUCACGUUGUCCGCGUCGUAAACGGAUUCCAUCCUAGCUAUGUGGCCAAUUACUGCCCAAAUGAAAGCUGCUUCCGGAGACUCUUCGCUGUGGAGCUGUGCAAGGCGCUGUGCGAGCUGCAUACAGCUUGGCAGGAAGAUAACUGGAUGAAUGACCUUAGGGAAAAGUGCCGAAAAAGGACUCUUCAAUUAAUGAGAGAGAAUGGUAGAGAUGGCGAGCACUCCAACACGGAAUCCGGUCGCCAGCCUCGACGAAUCGAGAUAGAUAAGACUGCUAAGAAAUACAAGGCAUACACCAAAUCAUUUGACAAAGGCUUAAAGAGUCUCAAACAGAUUUUUGACCACAUGGCAUCCUCAGCGUACACAUAUCAAAAUUCGUGGGAUCUCUAUAAAUUUUUUGUCUUCGACCAGGAUACAUCCGAAGGCAUCUGUGAUGCUCUCCUAGCCGUGACCGAGGCGAUGAGGCAAUUCGAAGCUGGAAAUCUAAUGCCGGAGCCUGGGCUUGUAGAGCUAGGAAAGCACAUCAGCCACCAGACGCUCAAGUUCGUCAAAGACGAUAUCCCAGAUCUGUUGCAAUGUCCCCGGGGCUUAAACAAGAAUCUGUGGAGCCGCCGAUAUCUGGCGAGUACGUCUCGAGGACUGAAGCUUAAUAUAGAAAAGAUCACAAUACGGUUUAUUGAGGAUUUAACGAAGUCUUUUUCGGAGUCUUCGACGGGAUGGACGUAUCAUCCGGACCUUGUGCACGACGCCUUCAAGGAACUUGCUAUUGACUUCGAGGAUGCUUUAGGCGGGGAGUACGAUGACUAUCAAAAGACCGCAGCUGCAAAUGAUAAUGGGUCACUGGAGCAGCAACUGUCCAACCCCCAAAAAUGGAAGAGUAACGCCACCAAGACCAGUAGCAUCGUCCCCGAGCGGGAACUGCUACACUUGCGGCCAAAUAGGCCACUCGUCCAAUGGCUGUCCGAGCACGACACCUUUACGGACUCCUUCAGGGGAUAAAUGCUUCAGCUGUGGCCAGGUGGGCCACUGGACUAGAAACUGUCCACGGCAGAGGCCGGUUAAUGCGACGCCGUCGAGAAUUACGUCUAGAGACAAAUGUUUUUCCUGCGGUAAAAUAGGCCACUGGUCUAACGAUUGCCCAACGCGUAGGAACCGAUGAAGGCGUCCUCUUAGACACGAUGGAAGUGGAGAUGAGCAAAGCGGCGCGUGCAGUGUACAAUGAUUCAAUUGAAAGUCAAACACCGAACGAAAGAGAAUCAUGCUAUGGUAACGAGUCCCCUA